UAUCUUUUUAUUUAUACCGUAGACUGUAAUGCGGAUGCACCUGAAUCUGCGGGAGACAGAAGACGGAGACGGACAUGGCGGAACCUGCAGCCCUCAUUCCACGGAGAAAAAGAAGAGAGAGUAAGGAACGCCCCCCAGACCUGAGGCUGGUUCUUGUUGGGAAAACUGGAUCAGGAAAGAGCUCCAGUGGGAACACCAUACUGGGGAGAGACGCCUUCAGUGCAGCUGUGGAUCACAUGUCAGUGACCCGGUGGUGCUGUAAGCAGACCGGCGAGGUUCUGGACCGCCAGCUGACCAUCGUCGACACCCCAGGACUCUUUGACACGUCGUUACCUGAACACACCGUGAAGAGAGAGAUCUCCAAGUGCAUCAACAUGUCGGCCCCGGGGCCCCACGCCAUCCUACUGGUCAUCAAGGUGGGGCCGUUCACCAAUGAAGAAGAAGGAGCCGUCAGGCAGGUGGAGGAGAUGUUUGGACAGGACGCCUGGAAGUACACCAUCAUCCUCUUCACCCAGGGAGACAAAGUCCCGUCAGACUUCAACCAGCUGCUGGAGACGGCGGGGCCUGGGCUGCAGACGGUCCUGGAGAAGGUGGAGAACAGGUACCACGUCCUCAACAACCUCAAAAUCAACAGCCGUAGACAGGUCCUGGAUCUGUUGGAGAAGGUGGAGGAGAUGGUUGGUGCCAACGGAGGACAGUUCUACUCCAACUACAUCUACGAAGGGGCGGCGGAGAUGCUGCGUCAGAGAGAGGCCCAGCUCCGAGUGCUGUACCAGGAGAAGCUGGAGGAGGAGAUCCGGUCUGUGGAGUCAGAGUACCAGAAGAAGCUGAGUGGAGCUGUGGAGCAGCACCGGGAGGUGGAGCAGCGCCUGCAGGCGGAGCUGCAGGAGGUCAGGAGGUAUUACCGGGCUUUAGAGAGCGGCGUGCGUCACGUCGUGGAGCAGACCACGCCCUCAGACUCCUUCACUCAACUUCUCUCCCAGUUCAACGAGAAGCUGAAGCUGGACUUCCAGUCCUCCAUGCAGCAGCUCCUGGUACGAUGCUAUGAAGUCAUGCAGCAGCUCCUGGUACGAUGCUAUGAAGUCAUGCAGCAGCUCCUGGUACGAUGCUAUGAAGUCAUGCAGCAGCUCCUGGUACGAUGCUAUGAAGCCAUGCAGCAGCUCCUGGUACGAUGCUAUGAAGCCAUGCAGCAGCUCCUGGUACGAUGCUAUGAAGCCAUGCAGCAGCUCCUGGUACGAUGCUAUGAAGUCAUGCAGCAGCUCCUGGUACGAUGCUAUGAAGCCAUGCAGCAGCUCCUGGUACGAUGCUAUGAAGUCAUGCAGCAGCUCCUGGUACGAUGCUAUGAAGUCAUGCAGCAGCUCCUGGUACGAUGCUAUGAAGCCAUGCAGCAGCUCCUGGUACGAUGCUAUGAAGUCAUGCAGCAGCUCCUGGUACGAUGCUAUGAAGUCAUGCAGCAGCUCCUGUCCACAGACACUAGCCCAGUUCUUCCUCCAGAUCUGGAUCCAGAUCUCACCAUCGUCCUGAUUGGAAAAUCAGGAGUUGGUAAGAGUGCUUCAGGAAACACCAUCCUGGGAAGACCAGCAUUUAAGUCUGAGCUGGACUUUAAACCAGUGACGAGGGAGAUCUGUGAACAAAGAGGAACUGUGUCGGGGAAACAGAUCUCAGUGGUCGACACUCCGGGGGUUUUAGACAGCGAGGCCACAACGAAGAAGAUUAAGAAGUACUGUCAGGACCUCCUGCAGUCCUCCAGACCUUGUCUGUUCCUGGUGGUGGUCAGAGUUGGACGGUUCACAGAGGAGGACCAGAAGGCUGCGAGGGCAGCGAUGGAAGUCCUCGGGCCUCGGGGGGUGGAGAAGAGUUACCUGCUCUUCACUGGGGGUGAUAUGUUAAGGGGCAGGGCAGUGGAGGACUUUAUCUUUCAAGAUAAAGUUAAAGGUGAAGAGGAAGGAAUGCUUCCAGAAGUUGUUAGAAAGUUCGUGGGGAAGUAUCACCUCUUUGACAACGAGAAAGACGAUGAAGAACAAGUCAGAGAGCUGCUGCUGAAGUCCGGCCACCUCACCCCCCAGGACCCGCCUGACUCCCCAGCUGAUUAUCCCAGCUCCCGGAGGGUGGUGCUGAUCGGUCUUCCUGGAGCUGGGAAGAGUUCGUCUGGGAACACCAUCUUAGGAUCAGAUCAGUUUAGAUCAGGAUGUGACUUUGAUCCAGUCAGUGCUGAGACUGUCUCUGGGUCCGCCACGGUGGGGGGUCGUAGGGUCACCGUGGUCGAUACUCCAGGAAUCACUGACAAGGACCUGACUAAACAGCUGUAUGAAGAGAUCAUGAAGUCAUUAGUAGAGGCCAGUCCAGGACCACAUGCCUUUGUUAUUGUAGUCAGACUAGGGAGAAUCACAGAAACACACAGACUGUUUGAGCUGCUGGAACAGCUGUUCAGCAGAGAUGCCAUGAAGUACUCCAUGGUGCUGUUCACUCAUGGAGACCAGCUGGGGGGUCGGUCCAUUGAUGGUUUGAUCCGGUCCAACCAACAUGUGUCUGACCUGGUCUCCAUGUGUGGGGGGAGAUUCUGUGUGUUUGACAACAAAGCCCAAAGAAGCAGAGAGCAGGUCAGAGACUUCCUGAGUAAAGUAGAUCAGAUGGUGUCAGAUAACGGUGGAGAACCCUACACUGAUGACAUGUUCAGGAUGGCUCACACCUUCUUAAGAGAAGAAACAAUCUUGAAUAAACACAGGAACCUGUCAGGUGAUGCAGGACAGUCAAAAAGAAGUGCACAGGAAAGACUCCAGUGUCUCAUCCAAUAGCAGCAGGAUCAGUAGCAAAGUCCAUAACAAUACACCAACAGCACGCCGCUCCACCGUGUGUCACCAUCGCUGCCUCGGGUCGCCGUUUGAGGCCACCUCGGGCCGCGGUUUUAGACUACAUAUGAUAAGAACUAGACGUGCCAGGGAUUCCUUUAUUCCUCACAGGCUAUUCCUGGGACUUGAACUCACUUGAUUAACAUCUCUUGACAUUUUUAUAUGUAUGUGAUUAUUUAUUAAUUUCUUCCAUGUUCAUUAUGACAUACUGACCUGUGGACUGUCUGUCUGGAAUCGUCCUUAGUUUUGGGGGACGGGGAAUGUGUCCCCUGUGGUCUUUAUAAUGUUGUUGGCCCCUGGUGAAUGCGUUUUAGACAUCCUGCUGCACACAAGGGUGAAUAAAGCUAAACUUGA